AGGGAAAGAAAAACGUGAUAUGAUUGAAUAAAGGAUAUGUUGACGUGCCUUGUUCCUUCUGUUCUAAGCUAUCUCAUCCCAUCCCAUUCCCUUCCCUGCUCUAUUGUAAUCAUAUUUGCAUGGUUAGGGUGACAGACUGUUAUUGUUUCCUCAUCAUCUAUACCCUCUGGUGGGACUCUCUCUCUCUCUUUCACUUUCUCUCUCUAUCUCUCUAUCUCUCUCCACAAACAAACGCGUAUAUUCGCUGGUUUCUUCUUUUUCAAACGCCACCUUUUCAACUCAACAAAACACCACCACCUCUUUUGAGUUUGCAUCCAACCAUUUCUUCAAAAUCACAACACAACUAAUUCAUCCUCCUUCUUCUUCCAUUCCUUCCACCUCUCUAUUUCUUUUCUUUUAAGAAUCAAACAAGGGUUUUUUGAAAUUGUUGUUUAAUCCUUGAUCAGUGAUGACAGAGGAAAUUAGUGAUAAUCAAGUGGAGUCUGAGAUGAUUGAGCCAGAAGAUGUUGAUGAGAAAGCAAAUCCUAAUGAAGAUUCAAUCAUCGCACGCGGAGAGGAAAUUGAUGUUAAUCAAGCAGAGACUGAGAUGAUUGAGCCAGAAGAUGUUGAUGAGAAAGAAAAUCCUAAUGAGGGUUUAAUCAUCACAAAAGGUCCGCCUAAGAUUCUUUCGCGUUAUCGUUGUGAGCGUAGGACUUCCUGCCAUGAUUUAUGCAAAUAUGGUAUCCGGCAUGCCACCGAAGAAAAACCAUGGAAAACAGCAAAGAAAAUGAGGGAAAGAAAAGCCAAUGUAACUUCAUUGGAAGGGACUGAUAGUUCAGGAAGAAGUUCAAAACUCGGAGAUCAUAAUUAUCGUGUUGACAUCAAGGAAGUAAUAACAAAUAAUAAAACAGCCAUUUCCGAGAAAAAUUCAACACCUUACGAAGAAAUAGACGUUUCCAUGGAGCAUAAUAACAGCGACAUUGUACGAGAAAGUUCUGAGGUAUCUUCUCUUCAUGUGAAGGAAUGUUCCAAAAGUCAAAGAAAAUGGGAGUUAGUCAAAAACAAAUGUGCUUUUGGUUCAAGCAGCAGAAAAGAAACUACAAUCAGAAGCAACCAGAAAACAACAUCUUCCAAUGGAGGCAAGGAUAAAUCAUCAGCAUCAAGCUUUCUCUUGUCUCCAAAACAAAAUGUCAAGAAAUCUUCAAGCUCAAGUGAGACUGCCAAAAACUUGAAAAAAGUGUCUUCUGGGAAAAAUCAUGAGAAUGGUAAAGAAGCCAAACCUGAAUUAGCCAACAAUGACAAUUUACCAGAGAAAAUUUUGCAUGCCAUUGAACCAACCUCAGAAAAUCUAUCUAAGGAACCUACUCGGGCUUGUAAUGCAACUAAGCCAACUUCUCCUUCACCUUCACCGUCAAAGGACAAAAGCUUAAAGAGGACCGGUAAGAAAACCGGUAAGUCUGCGGUGUCUGCAUCUUCAAGGAAAGGCCUUAGACAUGUUGGACAUGGAACACUCACUCAUCAAUCCUCCGGGAACAAAUUCAAAACAAACAUACAGCUUAAAACACACAUUGUUUCACGAUCACCAUCAGCGUUAUCAUCUGUUUCUUCAUCUAACACUUCCCUCAGAAAACAAAAUGGUACUACUUCUAAGCCCAGCAAAACAGGACAUGUUAAUCAGGGUGAACAUUUGAAGGUAGGGUACAAAAUGAGGCCAAAAAUGACCACAAUAGUUGGGGUAGCAAAUAAAGCUAUUCCAUCAAGGAAGCUAACUUUUAGCAGAGGAAAGGUGAUUGAAAUUCAGCCUCAAAGCAACAAUAUUCCAAGGAGACUCAAAUUCAAGCCGGUGCGCUUUCUCGGCGAUGACGCCAGAAGAGAUGCAAAUGGCACAAGAAAAAGGAUCAUUACCAAUAAGGAAGCUGACGGUGCUGAGUUAAAUGCUGCAAGUAUCAAAACUGAGAAUAUUGAUCUUAAACACCAAACAAUGGAAAGAGGUAAAAACAGAAGUUUUGCGAGAAAGGCUGGUGGUGUAGAUAGAACCAAGGUAUCUGGUUCAAAAUCAGGAUCUGAGAAAGUUGUUUUGAGGCAUCAAGACGUAGAAGGGAGAAAACAAAAUACAGGUUUGUAUAAUAAUGUCAUUGAAGAAACUGCAACCAAACUUGCUGGACUAAGGAAGAGCAAGGUCAGGGCUCUAGUUGGUGCAUUUGAAACUGUGAUAUCUCUUGAUUCUCCUAGAGAGUCCGCAACUGCAGAAGUGAGUACAGUUUGUUGAGUGUUACUGAGUACUAGUGUCAACCCUAUAUAUCUGGGUUAUUGUAUAUAUUGAUAAUUGUUGAUUGAACAAAAAGGAAGAACUAUGUGAAAGUGACUUUGGUCCUAAAACUGCAUCUGUUUGUGGCUUGGAUUGUUAAUGUUGUUUCUUGUGUUUUUAACUUUUUCUGUGUUCUUGAGCAUUGGUGAAUGAGAGGAUUAUUUCAAUUGGAAUGUAGUAGUCUUUACAGA